ACUUAAGGUAAUUAAGAAAAUUAAGACAACAUGUUCGUAAAACUGGCCGUAUUAGCUUGCAGUCUGGCCGCGGCCACGGCUGUAUGGAACGGGCCGUUGGCAGGAGGCCAGCCCGCCGAUCUGUACCCGGCCGGCGUCAGCCCGCAGGCGUGCCCCAACUUCCCUAACUGCGCCAACCCCGCCAUCUCCGCCAACCCCCAGCAACCCCUGGCGCAGCAGUGGGGCGCGCCGCAGCAGCAGUGGAACGCGCAGCCGCAGCCGAACCAGUGGAACCAGGGCAACCAGUGGAACCAGGGUAACCAAUGGAACCCGGCCCCAGUUCCCCAACAAUGGGGAAACGGCAAUGACGCUACUGCCAGGCUAAACAGAGGUGAAUACAUUGGAGAUGGGGACUACCACGGAGAAGGUCUUGCUGAAGCUCUUGCACCAGGCUACGCCAACAGCUGGAAUGGAAACAACCAAGGUGCCCUGAACCAGGGAAUACCCCUCAAUGCACACCAGACCCAUGGUGUAGGUCAAAUUCCUGCUGGAGUAGACGCCCGUUCCUGUCCCAACUACCCCUUCUGCGGUUAGACGGAGAUAGACAGUCAGCUGACAGCAUGUUGUUUUCUUUUUCAUUUCAUUUUUGAUACCUAGUUAAUUUUAUUGUUUCUGUAACUCGCUGUGAAGAUACAUUAUGUGUUCAAUCAAAUUAGAAAAAUUUGUUUCAAGGAGUGCUCAUUAUUUUAUUUUCUUAAUAUUUAAUGUUGUAGGUUCAAGGACAUUUUAUAAAUGUUGCUGGAGUAAAUUAUUUAAUAUAUCUGAAUGCCUUGGGUAGGUUGUAAAUAUUAUUUGGCUUGUCAUAAUAAAUAUAUUUGGAUUAU